AUGAUAUUGAGGUUCGUUAGCAAAGACGGCCAGUUCCGGUUGACGGUACAGCCCGAGGACACCUUUUCGUCGAUUCUGCCCCAGGUUGCCGAGAAGCUGCCCAAGAAUGUCGACAUCCAGAGCAUCAGUGUUAGCAACAAGCCGCAGGGAGGCGACGCGAGGAAGCUUGCUGGCCUUGAGGGCGUAAGCUUCAAGCAAGUGGGACUAUCAAACGGCGCGCAACUCUUCCUGUCCUUCGAGGAGCAGUCUGCGGCACCGAACGGCCAUGCUGCACCUUCGACCGGCGGCGCACGACUGAAUGGCAAACCCGUCGAAGAGACCAACAUGGGCUCCGUUCCCAUCGGCGAUGCUCUGCAAACCAUAAAGAACCCAUGGGAGGUGGUCAGGCAGUCCCCGCUCGACGACAGGCUAGACAGACAGGAUGGCAAAAUCCCUAGGAAACGCGACGCUCGCAUGUGUUCCCACGGGCCCAAGGGCAUGUGCGACUACUGUAUGCCCCUCGAACCCUACUCGCCCGCAUACCUCGCCGAGAAGAAGAUCAAGCACCUAUCCUUCCAUUCAUACCUGCGCAAAGUCAACUCGGCGAAGAACAGGCCAGAGCUCGGUAGUUCGUACAUGCCACCGCUGACCGAACCCUACUACCGCGUACGCCCCGACUGUCCAUCGGGACACAAGCCAUUCCCAGAGGGUAUCUGCACCAAGUGCAUGCCUAGCGCCAUCUCGCUGAAGCCACAAGAGUACCGCAUGGUAGACCACGUCGAGUUCGCUUCAAUACAGGUGGUGGACGAUGUGAUCAACUUCUGGAGACAAACGGGCUGUCAGCGACUGGGCUUCUUGUACGGCAGGUAUGAGGAGUAUACCGAGGUGCCGCUGGGAACAAAGGCUGUCGUCGAGACCAUCUACGAGCCACCGCAAGUCAACGAGGCGGACGGCAUCUCGCUAGGCGAAUGGGACAACGAGAAGGAGAUUGACGAGAUCGCCGCACAGUGUGGGCUGCAACGCGUCGGAGUGAUCUUUACCGAUCUCCUCGACGCAGACAAGGGCGACGGCUCUGUCAUCUGCAAGCGACACAUGGACUCAUACUACCUUUCCUCCCUAGAAAUCUGCUUCGCAGCACGGUACCAAGCAAGAUACCCCCGGCCUUCCAAAUGGAGCGACACCGGACGACACGGCUCCAACUUUGUUACAUGUGUAAUCAGCGGUGAUGACCAAGGUCAAAUUGGCAUCUCCUCAUACCAGGUUUCGAACGACGCCGUUGAGAUGGUUCGUGCCGACAUCAUCGAGCCCUCAGCUGAGCCAUCAGUUAUGCUUGUCCAAUCAGAGGAAGACAACGAAGCCUUGAACCGCGCGCGAUACAUCCCCGAAGUUUUCUACCGGAGGAUCAACGAGCACGGUGCGAACGUACAAGAGAUUGCCAAACCCGACUUCCCCGUGGAAUAUCUGCUUCUCACACUAACACACGGAUUCCCUACUCAGCCAAAUCCUCUAUUCACUGGUGGCAAGUUCCCGAUCGAGAACCGCGAGGCUAUGGGCGAGAUGCCAGAGAUCUCACAUCUUGGCAAAGCUCUCAACGCAAGAGCCAACGGGCUGGCGCUCAACACGACCAGCGGCCUCAGUGCCAUUUCAAAUUUCCACAUGCUAUGCUUUAUCCAUAACCUCGGCAUUCUGUCAAAGGACGAAGAGUCACUACUCUUCAAGGUAGCAUCAACGCACGACACCUCAGAAGGCUCAGCGCUCCAACAUACCGGAGGCUGGGCAACCCUUCUGACCAUUCUCAAAGAAAGUGGUGAGCGCCCCCCGAAACGUUCUUAUCAAUCUUCGCCCCAAUCCCAGUCGGCCAGUAGGGGGGCUGCAGCUCUAGACCACACCCGCGGUACGAUGCGACAGUCCUCCUAUGGCUCAGAUUCCGAUUCAGUACAGUUGGCUAAGAGGGUAAAGGGGGUUAAGCUUGGGAAGUAG